UCCGCAUGGGAACCAUGGGAGGGGGGGAGCGAGCCACUGACCCAGGGGCCCUGCGGGCUGUACCACCGACCCUGCACCCGGGGGAACUCGUGGGGGACCGAAGGGCUGAACCACUGGGCCCGGAUGGGGCCCUUAGAGCAAACCGCUCUGCGGGAAACAAGGUUGGGAGGUGAAAAGGGUCAAGAUUACCGGCCACUGACCACCUCCCUGGGACUGGAGAAGGGCCUGAAACUGGGAGGCCAGGCUUCUCGGUCCUGUUUUUCCGAAGCUCCACUCUCCCUACCCAAGAGAACCUUGCCCCGUCGGAGCCUCAGUCUUUGCAUCCGCAAAAUGGGCACAUGGGUGCAGCUGGUUGGGCCGUGGGUGCCGGGGCGGAGGCCCAUCUGUUCCAGCCCCCGUCACCUCUCCUCGCAGAGUGAAAGCUCCAGACCCUGCAACCCCCUGUCUGGCGGCCGCCCGAGCCAAUGGAGGAGAACGAGGUGGAGAGCAGUAGCGACGCAGCCCCAGGGCCUGGGCGGCCCGAGGAACCUUCUGAGAGCGGCUUGGGUGUGGGCAGCUCGGAAGCCGUGUCUGCCGACAGCAGCGACGCCGCAGCCACCCCGGCGCCGGCGGAGGCUGAUGACUCCGGCGUGGGGCAAAGCUCGGACCGUGGCAGCAGCUCUCUGGAGGAGGUAUCUGAGAGCAGCUCGAGCACAGACACCCUGCCCCAGGGCUACCUCCCUGAUUCAUCAUCUGUGUCCCAUGGGCCAGUGGCAGGGAUGACAGGCGGCCCCCCAGCUCUGGUGCACUCCAGUGAACUCCCAGACCCCAACAUGCUGGUGUCUGACUGCACAGCUUCUUCCUCGGACCUGGGCUCGGCCAUUGACAAGAUCAUUGAGUCCACCAUCGGGCCGGACCUCAUCCAGAGCUGCAUCACCGUAACCAGUGCUGAGGAUGGUGGGGCCGGGACCACACGGUACCUGAUCCUGCAGGGACCAGAUGAUGGUAAGCCCCCAGGUGCCAGACCCAGGGAGCCCUGCAGUGGGCCAGGGAGUAGGAGAGGGAGUUUUUGCCACAAACUCACUGUGAUUCUGGCAAGUAUCCACCACUCUGGGCCUCAGUUUCCCCACUGUCUCUUUGCUGGGGAGUUGCGUUCUAGAAUCCCUGGGCCUGCCUGGGAGGGGCAGCAGGAGCUCUUGGCCAGCCUCCCCCACUUCCCUCGGAUUCCCUCACCGCUCCCAGGUGCCCCCAUGACAUCACCAAUGUCCAGUUCCACCCUGGCUCACAGCCUGGGAGCCAUUGAGGCCCUGGCCGAUGGCCCCACAUCCACAUCCAUGUGCCUGGAGCCGCCUGAGGAGGCACUGGGUGGGUCCAGCUCGCCAGCGCACCCACCCCCAGGCUCUGGGGCUGAGGAGCCAGACCUGCAGAGCCUGGAGGCCAUGAUGGAGGUGGUGGUGGUGCAGCAAUUCAAGUGCAAGAUGUGCCAGUACCGGAGCAGCACCAAGGCCACACUGUUGCGCCACAUGCGGGAGCGGCACUUCCGACCAGCAGCAGCAAGAGCAGCAGCUGGUAAGAAGGGACGUCUGAGAAAGUGGGGCGUCUCCACCAAGACCCAGGAGGAAGAGGGGCCAGAGGAGGAGGAAGAUGAUGACAUCGUAGAUGCAGGCGCCAUUGACGACCUGGAGGAGGACAGUGACUACAAUCCAGCUGAGGAUGAGCCUCGGGGUCGGCAGCUACGACCCCAGCGCCCGGCUCCCAGUACACUGAGACCCCGAAGGAGACCUGGCCGGCCUCGGAAGCUGCCUCGCCUGGAGGCCUCAGAUCUCCCAGAUGGUGUGGAAGGAGAGCCUCUAGUGAGUUCUCAGAGUGGACAGAGCCCUCCAGAGCCACAGGACCCCGAGGCGCCUAGUUCCUCGGGCCCAGGACACCUGGUUGCCCUGAGCAAGGCCAGUAGGGCCCCUGUGGAACCUGGUGUGAGCCAGUCCGAUGCAGAGAAUGCAGCACCCUCCUGCCAGGAUGAGCCUGAUGCCCCUCCCCGUCGCCGUGGGCGACCUUCUAGGCGCUUCCUAGGCAAGAAAUACCGCAAGUACUAUUACAAGUCACCCAAACCGCUUCUGAGGCCCUUCCUGUGCCGCAUCUGCGGCUCCCGCUUCCUGUCCCAUGAGGACCUGCGCUUCCAUGUCAACUCCCAUGAGGCCGGAGACCCCCAGCUCUUCAAGUGCCUGCAGUGCAGCUACCGCUCCCGCCGCUGGUCCUCACUCAAGGAGCACAUGUUCAACCAUGUGGGCAGUAAGCCCUACAAGUGUGAUGAAUGCAGCUACACCAGUGUCUACCGGAAGGAUGUCAUUCGGCACGCAGCUGUGCACAGCCGGGACCGGAAGAAAAGACCAGAUCCGACCCCGAAGCUGAGCUCCUUCCCCUGCCCUGUGUGUGGCCGUGUCUACCCCAUGCAGAAGAGACUCACACAGCACAUGAAGACACAUAGCACUGAGAAACCCCACAUGUGUGAUAAGUGUGGAAAGUCCUUUAAGAAGCGCUACACCUUCAAGAUGCACCUACUCACACACAUCCAGGCUGUCGCCAACCGCAGGUUCAAGUGCGAAUUCUGUGAGUUUGUUUGUGAGGACAAGAAGGCCCUGCUGAACCACCAGCUGUCCCAUGUCAGUGAUAAGCCAUUCAAAUGCAGCUUUUGCCCCUAUCGCACUUUCCGAGAGGACUUCCUGUUGUCCCAUGUGGCCGUCAAGCACACAGGGGCCAAGCCCUUUGCCUGUGAGUUCUGCCACUUCAGCACACGGCACAAGAAGAACCUGCGCCUGCAUGUGCGAUGCCGACAUGCAAGCAACUUCGAGGAAUGGGGGCGGCGCCACCCCGAGGAACCCCCUUCCCGCCGUCGCCCCUUCUUCUCUCUGCAGCAGAUUGAGGAGCUGAAGCAGCAGCAUAGUGCAGCCCCAGCCCUUGGACCACCCUCUAGCUCCCCCGGAGCUCCUGAGGUCCCCCCUGAGACAGCCCCUUUCCAGUCACCCGAGGCACCCCCACUGCUGUGUUCUGACACCCUGAGUGGUGCCACCAUCAUCUACCAGCAAGGAGCUGAGGAGUCAACUGCAAUGGCCACGCAGACAGCCUUGGAUCUGCUGCUGAAUAUGAGCGCUCAGCGGGAGCUGGGGGGCCCGGCCCUGCAGGUGGCCGUGGUGAAGUCAGAGGAUGUGGGGUCAGAGUUAGCAUCCACUGCUGGGCAGCCCUCCCCAGCAGGUGCUUCUCCACAAGUGGUGACCCUCCACGUGGCAGAGCCUGGGGGCAGUGUGACAGCUGAGAGCCAACUAGGCCCCCCUGACCUGCAGCAGAUCACCCUGGCACCCGGUCCAUUUGGUGGGACUGGCUACAGCGUCAUCACAGCCCCUCCUAUGGAGGAGGGGACAUCAGCUCCUGGCACACCUUACAGCGAGGAGCCCCCAGGGGAGGCAGCCCAGGCUGUGGUUGUGAGCGACGCCCUUAAAGAAGCUGGCACCCACUACAUCAUGGCAGCUGACGGGACCCAGUUGCACCACAUCGAGUUGACCGCAGAUGGCUCCAUCUCCUUCCCAAGUCCAGAUGCCCUGGCCUCUGGAGCCAAAUGGCCCGUGCUGCAGUGUGGAGGGCUGCCCAAAGAUGGCCCUGAAGCUGAGGCCCCUUCUCCAGCCAGGACCCACCAGGUGGGAGACCCCCAGGGCUCUGCCUCCCCACCUCCUGCAGCCAACAAAGCCCUGGGCCUGGCAGUGCCUCCCUCGCCACCAUCUGCAGCCACUGCGUCAUCAAAGAAGUUUUCCUGCAAGAUCUGUGCUGAGGCCUUCCCUGGCCGAGCUGAGAUGGAGAGCCACAAACGGGCCCACGCUGGGCCUAGUGCCUUCAAGUGCCCUGACUGUCCUUUCAGUGCCCGCCAGUGGCCUGAGGUCCGGGCCCACAUGGCACAGCACUCGAGCCUGCGGCCCCACCAGUGCAGCCAGUGCAGCUUUGCCUCCAAGAACAAGAAGGAUCUGCGGCGGCAUGUGCUGACCCACACCAAUGAGAAGCCUUUCGCAUGUCACCUCUGUGGACAGCGUUUCAACCGGAAUGGGCACCUCAAGUUCCACAUCCAACGGCUGCACAGUCCUGAUGGGAGAAAAGCAGGGACUCCUGCCGUCCAGGCCCCCACCCAGACCCCCACCCAGACCAUCAUCCUGAACAGUGAUGAUGACACACUGGCCACACUGCACACUGCACUCCAGUCCAGUCAUGGGGUCCUGGGCCCAGAGAGGCUACAGCAGGCACUGGGCCAGGAACACAUCAUUGUGGCCCAGGAGCAGACAGUGACCAAUCAGGAGGAGGCCGCCUACAUCCAAGAGAUCACCACAGCAGAUGGCCAGACAGUGCAGCACCUGGUGACUGCUGACAAUCAGGUACAGUACAUCAUCUCCCAGGAUGGAGUCCAACAUCUACUCCCCCAGGAAUAUGUUGUGGUCCCAGAGGGCCAUCAUAUCCAGGUACAGGAAGGCCAGAUAACACACAUCCAGUACGAACAAGGGGCCCCAUUCCUUCAGGAAUCCCAGAUCCAGUAUGUGCCUGUGUCCCCAGGCCAGCAGCUUGUCACACAGGCCCAGCUUGAGGCUGCAGCACACUCAGCUGUCACAGCGGUGGCUGAUGCUGCUAUGGCCCAAGCACAGGGCCUGUUUGGCACAGAGGAGGCAGUGCCUGAACACAUCCAACAGCUGCAACACCAGGGCAUCGAGUACGACGUCAUCACCCUGACCAAUGACUGAGACCCAAGGGGCCCACUGCAGACCAUGGAUAUCGAGGCCAGCCUUGCUGGGGGUGGGGGUCCUAGCAGUACUCACCUCCCUGCUCCACCUAGGUCUCCAGAUAUGGGCAGCCAGAAUCCUGCCACUUCAGGGAGGCCAGACCUGGGCUGCUGGGGUAGGGGACAGCCAUGGGCCCCAGCCAGGACAUGCUGGGUGCCCCAGCCUGCAGGCAGGCUUUGGGAGAGAAAUUUAUUUUUGUUUGAAUGGACCUACUGGCCCUUCAGUCUCAAUAAAGGGACCAGAGUCCAGCCCCAGCCAGCUCACUUUGUCUACCUGCUGCUACAGCCUGAACCAGGCAAAGACUUGGGAAGCAGAAGGAAGGAGGAACCAGUUACAGCUCACAGGGUGGGAGUGAGGUGGAGGCUGCCAAGCCCCACAGUAUGUUUUGCCCUGCUCUGUAAGUACGGUGGCCCAACAGCGGGCAGCUCUUGAGGGCAAAGGCUCAAUACUGGGAGGGAUGACUGAGGUGGUAAGACCCCGCCCCACCCAUCAGCACCUUCAGACCAUUUCCCCCUCGGGCCACAGGAGCAUAUCUGUUCCAUGUCUAGAUGUCCUGAGAGCAGCAUAGCCAGGUGCCUAUCUACACGGAAGCCAUACCCUGAGGCUCAGUGGCUUUGAGCUGCUCUCCCUGACCCUUGCCUGUAAAGCACACCUGAACCAUCAGGAGUCUAGCUUUCUACCAGGGUGCAGCUGUCAGUCGUGCUCCCAAGGUAUCAGCACAGACCUGGCUACGGGACUCUGCGGCUUGCAGUUAGAUGGUGGGCUCUUCAGACCUACUGGGCACAGGCAGAAGCCUCCAGGGACCCAAGGGUGGGGGUGA